AUGGCAGCUGUGGUUGCAGUUGGGGGUGCUCUAGAGAGAAGAAGAUUGACGCAGUUGUUAACAGCUGCCGUCUGCCUCACUGAUUCCGGAACUCAUUCGGUGCUGUGGAGAAGAGCUUGUUCACAAUAUAAACAGGUGACCAGCAAUGAGGACCUGCCUAUUCCAAUGGAAAAUCCUUAUAAGGAGCCUCUUAAAAAAUGCCUCUUGUGUGGAAAACGUGUAGAUUAUAAGAAUGUACAGCUUUUGUCCCAGUUUAUUUCUCCAUUUACUGGAUGCAUUUAUGGAAGGCACCUGACAGGUCUUUGUGGGAAGAAACAGAAAGAAAUCACUAAAGCAAUCAAGAGGGCUCAAAUAAUGGGUUUUAUGCCAGUUACAUACAAGGAUCCUGUAUAUCUCAAAGACCCUAAAGUUUGUAACAUCAGAUAUUGGGAAUAA